GGCUGUGAGGUACACGUUUUUUUAAGAAGGAGGGGGAGAAAGAUAUUAGAGAUUAUAUCCAGAGUGUCGUCCGCGGCUUCGCCUUUUUUUUUUAGACCCGCUGGAGUCGGGCGAAGCGAAUGACACGACAAUGGAGAGCUGAACGGCACGGCGCGUUUCACCUAGCAGACAGGGGGGAGCGCAAGGCGAGAGAGAUGGAAAUGUCUUUCACGAUAUGCCGGCUGAAUGGUAUCGUUCAUACCCAGGCUAAAAAAUAGUUAAUCAAAUAAAGGGUAUAAAAAUUUUUUGCAAAAAAAAAAAAAAAAGGGUAGUAAACGCGCGGAGCUGUGGGAAAGGGAUCCCGGAGGCGGACGCUCCUAACAGGUCCGGAGCGCACUUUUCUCCCCCUCUUCUUUUUUUUUCGGCUCGACAGAAGCGAUCGCAGGUCAAUCAUGUGGGCCGCGUUUCCCCGUUUAGACCAGACGAGCUUCACGCAGACUUUCUUCCAUUUAUAAAGUCCGUGCUUCAUGACUGUCGGGUGCGCACUGGGGAUGAUCGGCAGGCUGUGCGUAAAAGUAACGCGCCCUCCACUUUACUACUGCUGACCGGCUGGAUGGGGAGCCGAGCAGACGAACAGGGGGGGAAAGAAAAAAGAAAAAACUUUUCUGUGUCCGAGGCUUGAAACUUUCUCGCUUCCCGUUUCCGCGUGGAGUUCGGGCGAAGCCUCGACCAGAUCUCGGGGGAGCUGAGGCUUGAAGUUGCCGUGUGUUGAAAGUUUGUGCGCUGGAUUUGCCGGUGAGACCUGCCAUUUUGUGCUCGGAUCGAGCCGCUCAGGAACAUUAUGCUCGGAGGGACGUGAUGAUGAUGAUGGCAUUCAACAACCGAGGGACUCAACAUUUAGGAAACCUCCUCUGACGACCUUCUACAUCUCUUGCUAUCUUACAGAGUAAAGACAUCCGUCUGGUCAUCACAAAGUGCUGUACACACUCGGUGGCGUGGGGGGAGCCACGGUGUCUUCAUCCCAACAGGCCCCAGACCAGUAUGCAGUUAGAGUGAUCAGGAUGGAAGACUCUAGUUUGUGCCUUGGUGUGUCCUCAGCAGUCCCAGAUGCUGACACCCAUAUCACCAGUGCCAUGCUUAAUGGCCGCUACCCAAUCAGUCAAAAGCUGCAUCAGCUGACAGCCCAACUUGGCCACGCCUUUCCUGACCUUCCAAGCCGCCAACAAAUCCCGGAGGAAAAAGCUGCCACCCCAUUGGAUGAGAAGACACAUGCUGCACUGGCAAGUCAGCCGAUUAGCAGUCAGAUGGCUUUGCUAGCCAAUCAACUCAACCGGAACAUGGAUGCAGGUGCCCUUGGUGGCCUCAAUGGUCGUGUCGACCUGCAGCAGUUCCUCAAUGGACAAAAUUUGGGAAUCAUGUCUCAGAUGAAUGAUAUAGAAGAUGAUGCACGCAAGAAUCGGAAGUAUCCAUGCCCACUAUGUGGAAAGCGAUUCCGCUUUAAUAGCAUCCUUUCUUUGCAUAUGCGCACCCACACCGGUGAGAAGCCCUUCAAGUGUCCCUACUGUGAUCACCGAGCGGCCCAGAAGGGCAACCUUAAGAUUCACCUACGUACCCACAAGUUGGGCAGUUUGGGAAAAGGUCGUGGCCGUGUACGUGAAGAAAACCGACUUCUUCAUGAGCUUGAAGAACGCGCUAUCCUCCGUGAUAAGCAAAUGAGAAACAGCUUGCUGCAGCCUUCACAAUCGCUUCCACCCCACCUGGGUGUGCAGAACCAAAACCAGCAACAGCCUGGCUCUGCAUGUGGGCUCUUAACACCAACAAGUCUGGGAGGCACAUCGGAUGGGCUUGCACAACCCUCUGCCUCACCUAAGCCAGCAGGCACUAACCAACAAGAUGAGCAGGCACUUAACCCAGCCGUAGGCUUCCGCUGUACCUUUUGCAAAGGCAAGUUCAAAAAGCGUGAGGAGCUGGAGCGCCAUAUUCGCAUUCUUCAUAAACCAUACAAGUGCACUCUUUGUGAGUUUGCUGCUUCCCAGGAAGAAGACCUCAUCAGCCACGUGGAGAAGGCACACAUCACUGCUGAGUCUUGCCAAGGGCAGGGAGCAGGAGCUGGUGGUGGAGAGAAGCCUGCCAAUGAGUUUCGAUGUGACGUCUGUGGCCAGAUCUUCAGCCAGGCUUGGUUCCUGAAAGGUCAUAUGCGCAAGCACAAGGAUUCCUUCGAGCACUGUUGUCAGAUCUGUGGACGUCGCUUUAAAGAGCCCUGGUUCCUAAAAAAUCAUAUGAAGGUGCAUCUCAACAAGCUUGCCAUUAAGAGUAAGCCGCCGAUUGGAGGUGGAGCUGAGCAAGAUGGGCCCUCUGUCAACAGUAUAAGCAGCUUAGCACAAGAAGCUCAUGCCAACCUGUACUCGCGUUACAUCUCCUGUCUGCAAGGUGGUUUUCUCAGUCCUGAAAAGCAGAGCCUGGCUGAACAACACCAAAUGUUGGCCAAGGCUGGCAUAGCAAUGAAAGAGAAAGAAAUGCUGGGAAAGCUGUUGGGACCAAUGGCUGGUAUGAGUCAUGGUCUGGGGGAGAAUGAGAAGCGUUCACUCUUAGGUUGCUUGAACCUGGUGCCUCCUCUAAAGUCGAGUUGUAUGGAGCGCUUACAAGCAGCUGCAAAGGUUGCAGAAAUGGAUCCACUUAAUAGUUACCAGGCUUGGCAGAUCAUGGCACGUAGCAUGGCCAUGGAGCGUUCUUUCAUGCCAAAAGAUCAGCACCAUGGUGCCCAUGUGCAAGAGGAAGAAAUGACUAGUGCUGCUGGGAUAGUGGUCUUUGGGAAAGACAAACAUGAGCACUCUACUUUAGAUUCCAGUGAGUGCCUAAAACAGAAAAGCCACCCUGAUGCCCUCCAUGGGGUAAGAACUGGUGCAAGCAUGCUGUCAAUGAAGGAAGAAGCUGGGAGCUUUGAUGGACACCGUGAGUUCCUGCCUCACCAUGGUGGCCUGGGCCUCGGCCAGGGGCUCGAGUACAGUCUAGCCAGCAUGAAAGAGAAGCCCACUGAGUGCCCUGACUGUGGUAGAGUAUUCAGAACCUACCACCAGAUGGUGGUCCACUCUCGGGUGCACAACAAAGACCGGCGCCCAGAAGACAGUUUGCAGCAUGGCCUAGAUGAGAGGCGUGGAUCCGCCAGUGACCCUGAGUCGCAGUCUAUCAGCCGUUCCACCACCCCAGGCUCAUCCAAUGUGACAGAGGAGAGUGGGGCUGGAGGAGGCCACUCCCAGACAGGAAGUGUGCAGGAUGACAGCCCUCAUCCUUCUUCCCCUUCCUCAGAUGUUGGGGAUGAGAUGGCGAAGGCACCAGGAGCGGUUCCUCCUCCUGCAACGCAGCACAGAGAGAGGAGUGUGGGAUCCGCCAUGAAAGACUGCCCCUACUGUGGCAAAUCCUUCCGCACCUCCCAUCACCUAAAAGUUCACCUGAGAAUACAUACAGGUGAGAAGCCCUACAGAUGCCCUCAUUGUGACUAUGCUGGCACCCAGUCUGCUUCUCUGAAGUACCACCUUGAGCGUCACCACCGUGAGCGUCAGAAUGGCAAUGCCUCCUCUGCUAACAAUGCUCCAUCUUCUGAUCAUAAAGAUGACCACAACAAGACCAACAGUGGCAGCGGUAUCUUUGCUCGGCCUGAUGUUCUGCGUGGGGUCUUCAAAGGGAUAAUGCCCUCAAGCCUUGAUUUUAGAGGAGGCCAGAUGCUUACACAGUGGGCUACUCCUGCUAUCCUUUCUCCCAGAGAGAGAGAUCGUGAAAGAGAGCGAGACCGACAUGGACUAGGUGCAGAGCCCAACUCUGAGAAUAUGAAGACCCCUGAAGGCCCAGCCACUGGAGGAGAAAGUCCAGCAAGUUUUUCGGACUUGGGACGGGCUUACCAGAGUAUGAUGGGGAAUGGAAUCAACUUUCAGGGCUCACUUCAGGCCUUCAUGGAUAGUUUUGUGCCGAAUUCCAUAAAAAAGGAGAAGGAAAUACGAGAGAACCCAUUACAUGGUCAGCACUUUGGCCUGGACAGCACAGAGCACAAGAUCAAGAGGUCCAGUGAUGCCAAUCAGGAAGAGAACCCUUCUGAGACCAAGCCAACUGAGGGCAUCCGCUCCCAGUAUGAGCCUCUGGACUUGUCAGUUAGGCCUGAUGCAGGAUCCCUACCUGGGGCAUCUAUCACCAUUCAGGAUAAUGUAGCCUGGCAUGGGUGUCUGUUCUGUUCCUUUACCACUGCCUCUGUGGAGCUGAUGGCUCUUCACCUGCAAGCCAACCACAUGGGUAAAACAAAAUCAGGCCAAGGCAAAGAAGUUAAAGAACUUUUACUAGGUGAAUCUUCCCACAUUGGCAACUCUGGUCUGGCACCUCCUCCAGGCCUUCUCCACCUGCAUGAGGGCCUUAAGGAGCGAGAGGCUGAAUCUGGAGACUUGAAGAACCAAGUUGGUUGGUCCAAUCACUUGGAUCCAAACCCACAUGGUGCCUCGAUGGGAACAUUCUCAAGCGACUUUUACAAACCCUUUAGUCCCAUGUAUGAUGGCUCCUCCAGGGGUCCUGCAGGAUUUUUGGACCAGCAAGAAAAUCCAGCCAAUCAAAUAGGUGGCCAGGAUGAGCUUUCUGACAAGGCAUCCUGUAUUGAAAUGGAGGCAUGCGAGGAGCAAGAAGGUCAGUCAGAAGAUGAUGAAGCAGGACACGAAGAACAAUCUUCCAAUCCUGCUUCAGCAGAGCACCAAGUGCACUCUGAUGAUGAAGAGAAUGAAGCAGAGGAGGAAGAAGACAUGGAGGUUAGAGACAUGGAAGACGAGGACCACGGGUCCAUUAGAAUGCACCCUGACUCUCCCUUGUCUAGAAAGGAAGCUCAAAGAGCAAAGAUAAUCCUGGGAGCCCAUGGGCGUGGUCCAUCUCCCCCUCAGCCACCAACCCUAGAGAAGCAGUGGCAGCAGCAUCAGCAGCCUGGUCUAAGUCUUAUUUCUCCAGCCAGUGGUCCUCCAGGCCUGCUGAAGCCAGAGCAGGCUCACCUGGAGCACCAGAUGAACAUGCUGUCAGUCCUACGGGCCUACAGUUCUGAGAGCCUAGCAGCAUUCAACGGUGGCUUGUCUGGCAGCUCCAAUGGAGGAGGUGGUGGAAGCAGCUCUAGCAUGAAGAGAACCGACCCCUCUGGUCAGAAGCCUUUCCAGUGUCGGUACUGCCCAUAUAGCGCCUCACAGAAGGGCAACCUAAAGACCCAUGUACUGUGUGUCCACCGCAUGCCCUUCGACAACAGCCAGUAUCCGGAUCGACGCUUCAAACGCUCACGAAUUGAGUCUGAUGCAUCUUGCAACCCUGAGGAUGGAAACGUUCCUUUCACUGGCCAGAGGGAAACAGGGGAAGGAUUCGCUUUUGUGAGUGACAUGGCCCAAACUUCAUCCAGGGAUUCCGAGAAGCUGUAAGGCCUCGCAGUGUCAUCAAUACCCAUCGAGUAGCUGGUGAACAGUUAUUUUUUUCCAUGAUGGAUAUAGAAAAGCUGAAAAGUGAACUGCUACAAAUCUAGUAUCCAACCUGGUUUCAGCCACAGCAGGCAUUUGUAGUGAUCAGGUGUUCUAUGAAUAUGAUGCGUGCUCGUAAAGAGUGAACAGGCGGUCUAUGAUUAUAAAUCAUAGAAAUCAUUGCCUGAUCAGUGUGAAACUCAAUCUGUAGCAUUACUGUUGUAACCUGAAAUGAUAUUAGAAAGGAUUAGUCAAAAAGAUAAAGAACAAGAAGAGAAAAAAAAAAAGGACAGUCACUUGAAUCCGGUCACUUAAAAUGAUUUUUGUCCCGAAAAUAAUGCUUUUAUCAGAAAAAUGAUCCACGUGAACGAUUCAGUGAUAGUCAAAGAAGGAGGAGAGAUGGAAGAGGGCUGGCGCGCACACCCUUCACGAACAUGACACCACCGGUGGCCAUUUGCCCAGCGCCACUGACGAGAGCGGAUGGAGGCAGUGGAUGGAAAGAGCGAGGGGGGGUUGGGGGGUGGUGAUGAUGGGGAGGAGACGACGGGAGGUGGGGGCCUUGGUGCCAGUCUGACUGGAGCUGUCAUUGCAGAGGAAAUCAAUUCACCUCCUCCACCAUUGCCCCAACACACACACACACUCGUCAUUUAGAGUCGGCCCCCAGAACUGCCCAGCAAACCCCCCUUCUUCAUAUCUUCCCUCUCUCCCUUACACUAAAAUCAAGAUGACCACCAACAGAAGAAGAAAAAAAUCAAUGAAAUGUAUUUACAGGCCCCAUUAGAGUCAAAAGUGUGUUAUUUGGGCAGUUACAGUGUGUCAUUUGUUCAAGUAUCACAUUUAAGGUGAGGGUAAAAUGUUGAAUGUGCGUUUCUUCACUUUAUUCUAUCUUAGAGGACAAAGAGGUGUCUGUUUAAUCAUUACAGAAGCCAUGAUGUGCAUAGCUCCGGUGAAGCAGCCGUCAUGUAACACAUCCGGUGUAUUUUUAUCCAGAAGUCGAAUGUUGUUUUAAACAUUUUUGUCGCAUCCAAUACUGUCCUGAGUGAGACUCGGAAAUCUGAUGAAGCAGUAAUGACGCUCUGCAACGUUUGAAGACUUCCUAGCUUGUGAAGCAGUAUGGAAGAAGUAUUCCUCUACAUAUGAUAUGUAUAGAUAAUGAUAUUUUCAUGUUUACAUGAUCAACCCAAGCAUUUCUUCUAUUGUUAUUCUUCAGAAGAUAUGUUUUAUACAUUUUUAAUGAACAUUUUAUGUUUCUGGCCCCUCCCCUAACACUCUUCCAAAAAAUGUUUUCUUCAUAUAUCUGUUCUGAAUAUUCCUGUUAAAAAAACUGCAUAAACAAGAUUAAUGACUCUUAGACAAAACCAAGCCAAAGUGGAUCAACUUUCACUUCCUUCAGUUAAAACCAAGCAGGGAUAAGGAGGUAAAUAGAACGUGCGGCUUUCUUUAUUGCAUGGGCACAAACUGGUAAGACAGAGGGGGGAGGGAUAUUAAUGUUUUGUGAUAAAGAGAAAUGAACCCGACUUUAAGAAAGUCGAUAUCUCGCCGCUCUACGAGGGAACUCUCGACACUUAAACCCCCGGGCCUUAAGGCUGCUUCACAUCUGCCGAAAGGAGUUUACGAAAACUCGCAAAUACCCAACACACACACUGCGCUAAUCAGCAGACAAAACUAAAACCCAGACCAGGCUCCAGUGGAGCUUCAUCUCGGGGCUAAGAUGAAAAAAGAAUCGAAAAAAAAGGACGAGAAAAAGAGGGACGUUAAAGAAAAGGAAGAGUAAGCAUUUCUGUAACGACGAAGUAGAGAUUGAGUGAAGCUAUAUGUAACUGUUCCCUGUAGAGAUUCUCUAAUUAUCAUCUUUGCACCAUUAAGGUUUUGCUUUUGGUUUUAUUUCUUUUUCUGUUUCUAGUUCUCACUGCCUUAUUCAACACAAGUCGAUUCAACCAAUUCAACAUGACUGUUUACUGUAUAUAAGCUCUAUCCAGGGCAAUGUGUUUUACAUAGAAUAAAUACUUUAUCAAUGUAUUGAGCUUUAGAAGUUUUAGUGCACUCAUUUUUUUUUCUGGUUAAAUUUGUCAAUCACCUGGUCACUCUUUUUCGCUCGCUCUUUUUUCAGUAUGUUUUUUUUUUUCGUGUUUGUGGUUACGUGUGCGCUUAUAUACCGCAGAACAAAAACCCACAAUAAGCUCAAAAACAACAUUUCUUCCCCAGCACUUUUAUGGAGUUUUUUGGAUUAUCAGAGUCAAAGUUAGAAACAGGCAAUAAUAUUGUUCGUAACACUGGAAGAUUAAUUUUCUUUGUAUAGUGUUUGUUCACUCUGUAUAGUCAGGUGCUAACAUUUUCCGCUGUCUUUUCAGGCAUUUGUUAUUUGUAUGUCCUCAAUUCCUUGAGACUAUUUAACUGGUUUUCAACUAGUCACCAAUAAAACCAUGUGUAUAUUUAAAAUCUAUAAUAAAAUAUUGUGCUUCUUGGGACGUCAUUUCCUUUCUCUGUACUGUUCUAUAUAAAAAAAUCUGUGCUCGUGGUCAUCAUGCUGUCGGACAUUCUGAAAUAAAGAAUAUGUCUAGGAGGGUGUGAAGAGUGUAGAGGAUUUUGUUGCUGCCAUAUGCUCAUAACAUGUAGAAGAGAUUGUAUUUAAGGAUUUCUCUCAGUUAUUAUUUAUUAUCACGGAGCUAAACGGAGAAAAAGCAAGCUAUGAUGAAGUACCGGGUUUUUAUUUCAGCUAUGAUUGGUUUCUUUUUGCUGUUCUUUAGCGCUUCUAAUGUCUUCGAAGCCGUAUAGUUUUACCCAG